GUUACUUUCCAUCACAGACUCCACAUCUUUCUAUCUUUUCAAAAAAAAAAAAAAAAACUCACACACACGCACAAAUUCGAAUCAAUACAUAUCAUCUGGAUUUCAUUUUAUGUUACAAUCCUUCAACUGAAAAUUCGAUAUAUAUAUAGAUAUAAAAUGGAAGCAGCUAAAUAUAUAAGAAGACAUCACAGGCAUACGUAUAACCCUGAUCAGUGUGCUUCUGUUGUCGUUAAACAUAUCAAAGCUCCUGUAGAUAUCGUGUGGUCUUUGGUUAGGAGGUUCGAUCAACCUCAAAAGUACAAGCCGUUUGUGAGCAAGUGCACUAUGCGCGGGGAUCUUAAUAUAGGGAGUGUCAGAGAGGUGAAUGUUAAGUCAGGCCUUCCGGCCACCACAAGCACCGAGAGGCUGGAGCUUCUUGAUGACAUGGAGCACAUCCUUGGCAUCAAAAUUGUUGGCGGUGAUCAUAGGCUAAAGAACUACUCGUCAAUCCUUACCGUUCAUCCAGAGGUAGCCGAAGGAAGCUCUGGGACGUUAGUCAUUGAGUCAUUCGUGGUGGACAUACCCGAUGGCAACACCAAAGACGAUACAUGCUACUUUGUCAAAGCCCUAAUCAGCUGCAACCUUAAGUCUCUUUCUGAUAUCUCAGAAAGGAUGGCUGUCCAGGACCAGACCGCAGUACCCCUCACUUAAUUAUUGUCUAAAUUGAAGCAAAAAAACCCUCAUGGUGUUCUGGUUCUCGUCUCGUUCUUGCCCUUUCUGUGACUCAAACUUGCUUCUCUACCGUUGAUAUGUUGUUUGCUUUCAAGCUAUUGUGGAACAAGUAGCGUCGAUGUAGGAAUCUUUUGUAUAACUUUCCAAUAGUUGGCUCUGUACGUAGAAGCAGCUCAUGGUUUGCAGGAUUGCCGAGCCGAUCCUCUGCAGACACUUGGUAGCGGUUCAUGUUAUGGUGUUUAUAAUUUAUAACCAGUAUUAGUAUUUAAAUUUGCUUUUUACCCUCUUCAAA